AUGUUGCGACUGGCAAUUUUAGCAAGUCUUGCCUUGCUUGGUAAGUACACUUUAAUUUAUUUUGCCAAUCUAGAGAAUGAAAGAGUCAUAGGAGGGAUUGAGGCACAACGCAAUGCAUGGCCAUGGCAGGUUUCCCUUCAAGGUUACGUUGGUUACUGGUACCACACUUGCGGAGGGACUUUAAUUCGCCAGAGAUGGGUGCUGACUGCCGCCCACUGUGUAGACAGGUCAGGUGUAUCAUACCGUGUAGUCUUGGGUGAUCACAACAUUUAUGAGGAUGACAAAACUGAGCAGUAUAUUUCCGUACAAGGUAUCAUCAUCCAUGAAGGCUGGAAUGGGGAUCUUGCAGUUGGGAAUGACAUUGCACUGCUCUACCUGGAGCGUGAUGCUAUCCUAAACAAAUAUGUCCAGCUUGGAAAAUUGCCAAGUGAAGGUGCGACUUUACCAAAUGGCUACAGAUGUUACGUCACUGGCUGGGGCUACACACGAAACAAUGGACUAGUUAGUCCUACUCUUCAAGAAGCUCCUAUCCUGGUUGUUUCUUAUGACGUAUGUUCACAGCCUGAAUGGUGGGGUAACUACGUCACACGAAAAAUGGUGUGUGCUGGAGGUGACGGCAUCAUUGCUGGUUGUCAGGGAGAUUCUGGUGGUCCCCUAAAUUGUCAGCAUGACGGCACAUACUAUAUCCACGGAGCCACUAGCUUUGUAGCUGCAGCAGGAUGUGACACAUACAUGAAACCAACGGUCUGGACCCGUGUCUCAUCUUAUAUCAGCUGGAUCAAUAACGUAUGUUCACUUUUGUGGUUAUGA